GUCUGCAGGAUAGGAUUUAAAUAUUAGCGACUCCUAAAUUGAUGGAAAAUGUCUCCUAAAUAAUAUACAAGCUGCCUACAUGCAAAACGCCUCCUAAAUGAAAAAAAAAAUCUCAUAUGUAUUUACAUUUAUCUCAUAAUUUGGUUAUCUAUGUAAAACCAAUUCUUAUCAGUUUCUUCGCUGUAUGUUCCACACAUCAUUCUUAAUAUCCAUUCUAUCGGGCAUCUCAAAUCCUCCCAUUUUGUACCAAGGUUUUAUGUAUCUCGUUUUAAAGUAAUUUUAAAUUAAAAUGGCAUCCCAAGUGCUCCGAUUUGAAUCUGGUGACUCUGACAGCGAUUCGAACUCUGAAAAUGAGACCAACCCAAGGAAGAAAAGAAAAAUAUGUGAGUGGGAGUUGCAUCAGGAGUUUAAUAGUAAACUUGAAGCACAGAAUUUCCUAAAAGAGCAAAAAGAAUGGAAAUACUUGAAUCAGUAUUCUACGGAAAAAGAAGAAAUUUUGAAAUAUGUUUGUCGAGUGUCAAAAGCGUGUAGCUCGAAAUCAAGGAUUAUUCUACCAAAAGAUUCAUUGAAAGCAUCAGUCGAAAAGACAAUUGCAAACCAUGACCAUGAGCCAAAACCUUUUCGUGGUAUUUCCGAUGAAACAAAAAAAAUCAUAGAUAAUCUUUUUGAGAUUGGAACGACGAAACCAACUACCAUUAAAAGAGCGUUACAACAACAAAAUAUAAUUAUAAAGAAGACACAAAUUGCAAACUAUUUGGCAUCAAAGCGCAGAAAUCGGGGACCUAAAAUCAUCUCAUUAGGAGAACUGCAAGCAGAGGCAAACAAAUACAGUCAACUUCCUCACGACUUGGAUGAACCGUACGUUGAUAAUUCUGGACUUGAAUUUGAAGAGAAUCAAAAGUGGUUUGGAGUAUUUUUAUCGACAAAGAGAUUGCUAGACAUUGCGCUUCAAACACAAGUCAUUCAUUGCGACGCAACAUAUAAAUUAUCAUGGGAAGGAUUCCCCGUACUGGUUAUAGGAGUGUCUGACAAGGACAGACACUUUCAUCCUCUUGGUAUUUCCGUCACAGCAUCAGAAACGACGAGGGACUUCGAGUUUCUUUUCCGUAGUAUGGUGACAAGCGUCGGACACAACUAUUCUCCCAAGAUUUUAAUUGCGGAUGCAGCAGAAGCAAUCACCAAUGCAUUCAAGACAGUUUUUGGAGAUGACUUCAUUCGUGUAUUUUGUUGGUUUCAUUUAUGUAAGAACAUUGACUCGCAUAAAUCCCUUGUUAAGGAUAAAAAUUUGUGGGCGGGUAUAAAAAAGAAUAUGUCACAACUUCAACUGGCUAAAUCUGUGGAGGAGUUUAAUGUUGCCCAAACAUUAUUCUGCCAAAAAUACAAAGAAAGUGCGAAGGAUUUUAUUGAGUACUUCAAAAAUGAACACAUUGCUCAAAGAUGUGGCUGGUAUGAAGGCUUGGCUCUGGGAUAUCCCUCUACAAAUAAUGGUUUAGAAUCAACAAAUGGAUGGAUUAAAAAGCAAGGAACAUUUAGGGAAUGUUUGUCUAUGGGUGACCUGUUUCGAUUUUUCAUGCAGCAAUGCAAAGUUUGGUCGGAUGAAAGAAAUCCUGCUACUCCAGAUGCAAAGUUGUUCAUCCACACUCCAACAUUAACUUUGCAAAUGCAAACUAACGCAUUCCAGUGGAUGACCAAAAAACCUGACAUCAAAUAUCGUACAAGUGGUGACUCAAUUCUUCAUUUCAUAUCUGCAAGUGGAAAGCCAAAAUUGAAAGAAGAUGACAUCAACAAAUUUCUCCGAAUGAACGAAAAGCUAUCAUGGAAAAGUUUUGACACCUAUCAACAAUCUACAACACGUCUAUGGAAAGUAACUUUCAAAAUCUCUAAUUGGCAAGAGUCAACAUGUACCUGCCCAGUAUUCAUGAAAACAUAUGUGUGUAAACAUUUAAUAGGACUUGCAGUUCAUAAGGGUUUAUUUGCACUUCGGCCUGAGGCUAAAACUAUUCGCCUAGGACGUCGGCGUGGUCCUGGUCGCCCCAAAAAAUCAAGCAAGGCGUUGUUAAAAAUGUAAAUCUAUGAUAAUAAUAUGAAAUAAAAGAUGUUUUUUAUAAAACAAUUUAGGAGCUACUUAUGGAUUUAUAUGAGGCCGCAAAAAAAAUAGUUAGAGACGUUUUGCAUGUAGCCACCUUGUAUAUUUUUUAGGAGACCUUCUGC